AUGUUUUCCGAAUCUUCCAUUAUCUUGGUUCCAUGGGACCCGGACUCACCAGAGCAUUUCGAACGGUUGAAACAACAAAGGAUUGUUUGCGGGUGGAAGGUGGAGGCAGUUGAUUCGUGGGCAGAACUUCAGAGAAAGGGAGUGAUCGGAAUGCAUUGGAUUGUCCUCUCUCCAACCAAUCCACUUACAGCAGACCGUCUGCUGAAACACACGACAGCUUAUCCAAAAGAGUCCAUACCACUUCGGGACUCCAGUCAGCGAAUCCUCUCUCGUGCACACAUGCCAAACGCAGAGCUCAGUACUUUCCUGCCAAUCGGGCACAUUUCGCUGGACUCGUGGACUUCGGAUCCAGAUCUGAAGACCUCAGCUGCUAAUGGAAUAUACUCAAUAAUGUGUUUCUACAUCUCUAGGGUAUUGCAGAAUGGUGGACUUGGGGCAGCCGCACUGGCCUCAUGCGAACAAAUGGCCGUCGUCGAUCUCGGCGCCAAAACUAUCACACUGAACACCAUCGGCAACGAGGAGUGCCUUCCCAACAAUCCGCGGAGGAUAGCCAUGGGAAAAACGAACAUACCAAAGCCUACCAAUGAAGACUGGUACACUCACCGAGGUUACAAGUCUUACUUCCGCAAGAACGACGCAUGGUUCGACACGGACCCAACUGGCAAGAAAUGGGGUGUCACCUCUGCCUUCCUGAGGAAAGACCUUGUGUAG